CCUUGCUCAUGGCGGCGGCGGCAGCGGCUGCGCUGGCGGCGCUCGGCGGCCGGAGCCGGAUUCUGUAGCCGGGGUGUGGGCCCGCGUCAGUCCGUCCCUCCUUCGGCCCCCUCGUUUGUCUUCCGGAGUGUGGCUGGUAGAGCCGGGAUGGCGGAGCGAGGCCUGGAGCCCUCGCCGGCUGCGGUGGCGGCGUUGCCGCCCGAAGUGCGGGCGCAGCUGGCGGAGCUGGAGCUGGAGCUCUCGGAGGGGGACAUCACACAGAAGGGAUAUGAAAAGAAAAGGUCGAAACUCCUGUCUCCUUACAUCCCGCAGACACAAGAAACUGAUUCAUCAGUACAGAAAGAACACAGAAACCAAACACCUGCUCCAUCUGCAGCUACAACUUCCGCUCCUUCUAAGUAUCAUCGAAGUCGAUCUGGGGGAGCCAGGGAUGAACGAUACCGAUCAGAUAUCCACACAGAAGCAGUUCAAGCUGCACUGGCAAAGCAUAAAGAACAGAAAAUGGCUUUGCCCAUGCCAACCAAAAGGCGGUCCACAUUUGUCCAGUCUCCUGCGGAUGCCUGCACACCACCUGACACGUCUUCGGCCUCUGAGGAUGAGGGCUCUCUGAGACGCCAAGCUGCGCUCUCUGCUGCCUUGCAACAGAGCUUACAGAACGCUGAGUCCUGGAUCAACCGGUCAAUUCAGGGAUCGUCCACUUCUUCAUCUGCAUCUUCUACGCUGUCCCAUGGAGAGGUCAAAGGAACCAGUGGGUCUCUAGCUGAUGUAUUUGCCAAUACUCGAAUAGAGAAUUUCUCUGCUCCCCCUGAUGUCACUACAACUACCUCUUCGUCAUCAUCUUCCUCAAUACGCCCAGCAAAUAUUGAUCUACCCCCAUCGGGGAUAGUUAAAGGCAUGCACAAAGGAUCCAACAGGUCCAGCCUUAUGGAUACAGCUGAUGGUGUUCCUGUCAAUAGCAGAGUAUCCACAAAAAUCCAGCAGCUUCUCAACACUCUGAAACGACCCAAAAGGCCUCCCUUAAAAGAAUUUUUUGUGGAUGAUUCUGAAGAAAUUGUGGAAGGUAUACCUCAGCCAGACCCUAACCAACCCAAGCCUGAGGGACGGCAGAUGACCCCUGUGAAGGGAGAACCGCUAGGAGUCAUCUGUAACUGGCCCCCUGCUCUGGAGUCUGCCCUGCAGCGCUGGGGCACUACUCAGGCAAAAUGCCCCUGUCUGACCGCACUGGAUGUAACGGGGAAGCCAGUUUACACUCUUACUUACGGAAAGUUGUGGAGCAGAAGUUUAAAGUUGGCCUAUACACUGCUUAAUAAACUGGGGACCAAAAAUGAACCUGUAUUAAAACCUGGAGAUAGGGUAGCCCUGGUUUACCCCAACAAUGAUCCAGUCAUGUUUAUGGUGGCCUUUUAUGGUUGUCUCCUGGCAGAAGUGAUUCCAGUGCCGAUAGAGGUACCUCUUACCAGAAAGGAUGCUGGGGGGCAGCAGAUUGGCUUCUUGCUAGGAAGCUGUGGUAUUGCCUUAGCUCUUACCAGUGAGGUUUGUCUAAAGGGAUUGCCAAAAACUCAGAAUGGAGAAAUCGUACAAUUUAAAGGUUGGCCCCGGCUCAAAUGGGUUGUAACAGAUUCCAAGUACCUUUCAAAGCCACCUAAGGACUGGCAGCCCCUCAUCUCACCUGCUAGCACAGAGCCAGCAUACAUUGAGUAUAAAACAAGCAAAGAAGGGAGUGUAAUGGGAGUUACAGUGUCCCGCCUUGCAAUGCUGUCUCACUGCCAAGCUCUGUCCCAGGCCUGCAAUUAUUCUGAAGGAGAAACAGUGGUAAAUGUUCUAGACUUUAAGAAGGAUGCUGGGCUGUGGCAUGGCAUGUUUGCGAAUGUAAUGAAUAAGAUGCAUACAAUUAGUGUACCCUACUCUGUUAUGAAGACUUGCCCUCUCUCUUGGGUCCAAAGAGUACAUGCUCACAAAGCCAAGGUGGCUCUAGUGAAAUGCCGAGACUUGCACUGGGCUAUGAUGGCUCAUCGGGACCAAAGAGAUGUGAGCUUGAGUUCCCUCCGGAUGUUGAUUGUGACGGAUGGAGCUAAUCCCUGGUCCGUGUCAUCCUGUGAUGCCUUCCUGAGUCUGUUCCAAAGCCAUGGUCUGAAACCUGAGGCCAUCUGUCCGUGUGCUACUUCUGCCGAAGCCAUGACUGUCGCAAUCCGCAGACCUGGAGUUCCAGGGGCCCCAUUGCCAGGAAGAGCCAUUCUCUCCAUGAAUGGAUUGAGCUAUGGGGUAAUACGGGUCAACACUGAAGAUAAAAAUUCAGCACUGACAGUUCAGGAUGUGGGCCAUGUGAUGCCUGGGGGGAUGAUGUGCAUUGUGAAACCCGAUGGACCUCCUCAACUCUGCAAAACAGAUGAAAUUGGAGAAAUCUGUGUCAGCUCCAGGACAGGAGGCAUGAUGUACUUUGGGCUUGCUGGGGUGACCAAAAACACAUUUGAGGUGAUUCCAGUGAAUUCUGCCGGCUCUCCUGUUGGAGAUGUACCGUUCAUCCGGUCGGGAUUGUUGGGGUUUGUGGGGCCAGGCAGCUUGGUGUUUGUGGUUGGGAAAAUGGACGGGUUACUGAUGGUUAGUGGUCGAAGACAUAAUGCUGAUGACAUUGUUGCUACUGGACUGGCUGUUGAGUCAAUAAAGACUGUUUACAGAGGAAGAAUUGCUGUGUUUUCUGUGUCUGUAUUUUAUGAUGAGCGCAUCGUGGUGGUUGCAGAACAAAGACCCGACGCUUCCGAGGAAGAUAGUUUCCAGUGGAUGAGCCGUGUGCUACAGGCAAUCGAUAGCAUUCAUCAAGUGGGGGUUUAUUGUCUUGCUCUGGUGCCUGCCAAUACACUGCCCAAAACUCCGCUGGGAGGGAUCCACAUAUCUCAGACGAAACAGCUCUUUCUGGAGGGAUCGCUACAUCCUUGCAAUAUCCUCAUGUGCCCACAUACGUGUGUGACCAAUUUGCCAAAACCCCGGCAAAAGCAACCAGGUGUAGGCCCUGCUUCUGUGAUGGUUGGGAAUCUGGUUGCAGGAAAACGCAUAGCACAAGCUGCAGGAAGGGAUCUUGGGCAAAUUGAAGAGAAUGAUUUAGUGAGGAAGCACCAGUUUCUGGCGGAGAUUUUACAGUGGCGAGCCCAGGCAACUCCUGACCAUGUCCUCUUCAUGUUGUUAAAUGCCAAGGGGACUACAGUGUGCACAGCCAGCUGCCUUCAGCUUCAUAAGCGAGCAGAGAGGAUUGCGGCCGUCCUUGGUGACAAGGGGCAUCUAAACGCGGGAGACAACGUGGUGCUGCUCUAUCCACCUGGCAUAGAGUUAAUCGCUGCGUUCUACGGCUGUCUGUACUCGGGGUGCAUACCUGUGACUGUCAGACCCCCUCAUGCUCAGAACCUCACAGCCACGUUGCCCACUGUCCGCAUGAUUGUUGACGUCAGCAAAGCAGCCUGCAUUCUCACCACGCAGACCCUAAUGAGGUUACUGAGGUCCCGAGAGGCAGCAGCAGCUGUGGACGUGAAAACCUGGCCAACUAUCAUUGACACAGAUGAUUUACCCAGGAAACGGUUACCUCAGCUCUAUAAACCACCCACUCCUGAGAUGCUGGCAUAUCUUGAUUUUAGUGUCUCCACAACUGGCAUGCUCACAGGAGUGAAGAUGUCCCACUCUGCGGUCAAUGCUCUCUGUAGAGCCAUCAAGCUCCAGUGUGAGUUGUACUCCUCUCGGCAGAUUGCCAUCUGCCUUGACCCUUACUGUGGACUUGGCUUUGCACUCUGGUGUCUCUGCAGUGUCUAUUCAGGUCACCAGUCCAUCUUAAUUCCUCCUAUGGAGUUGGAAAACAACCUUUUCCUCUGGCUCUCCACGGUCAACCAGUACAAAAUCAGAGACACCUUCUGCUCUUAUUCAGUGAUGGAGCUUUGCACCAAAGGGCUUGGAAACCAGGUGGAGGUGCUGAAGACCCGGGGAAUCAACCUCUCCUGCAUCCGAACGUGUGUGGUGGUGGCUGAGGAGCGGCCCCGCAUUGCCCUCCAGCAGUCCUUCUCCAAGCUCUUCAAGGACAUCGGUCUGUCCCCGAGGGCUGUCAGCACCACUUUUGGAUCCAGAGUCAACGUAGCAAUAUGUUUGCAGGGAACCUCAGGGCCUGAUCCAACUACUGUAUACGUAGAUCUGAAAUCAUUAAGACAUGACAGGGUUCGUCUUGUGGAACGGGGUGCCCCCCAGAGUUUGCUCCUCUCAGAGUCUGGAAAGAUCCUACCUGGAGUGAAAGUAGUUAUUGUUAAUCCAGAGACCAAAGGGCCUGUUGGAGACUCUCACCUGGGAGAGAUUUGGGUGAACAGUCCCCAUACAGCCAGUGGCUAUUAUACCAUCUACGACAGUGAGACUCUGCAAGCUGACCACUUCAACACCCGCCUCAGCUUUGGGGAUGCUGCCCAGACCCUCUGGGCUCGGACGGGAUACCUGGGUUUUGUCCGCCGGACGGAGCUCACAGCAGCCACUGGAGAGCGUCAUGAUGCCUUAUAUGUGGUGGGCGCUCUGGACGAGACCCUGGAGCUGCGAGGCCUGCGGUACCACCCCAUCGACAUUGAGACCUCAGUGUCUCGGAUCCACAGGAGCAUUGCCGAAUGUGCCGUGUUCACGUGGACCAACUUGCUCGUGGUGGUCGUGGAACUGUGUGGCUCUGAACAGGAGGCGCUGGAUCUGGUUCCUUUAGUGACAAACGUGGUCCUGGAGGAGCAUUACCUCAUCGUGGGCGUGGUGGUCGUGGUGGACCCAGGUGUCAUCCCCAUCAACUCCAGAGGAGAGAAGCAGAGGAUGCACCUCCGGGACAGCUUCCUGGCCGACCAGCUGGACCCCAUCUAUGUGGCCUACAACAUGUAACCAGCCUCCUGGGAUUGCAGGGACCGUCCUGCAAACCCAUGGGAGCCAGAGACCCGUGACUGAUGUGAAAUAAGCUGAGAUGGCGACGUUAUAUCCUUCAUCUCAUCCUGUGGGAUCCUGCCAUCACAGGACACGCAGGAGAGGGGAAUUCUAUGGUGGCAAAUGAAAAAAAUGUUAACAAUCUGUUAGUCACGAGCUUUGACAUAGCGUGAGCAGCACGUUACUAAAGCAAUUACAUGCAUGUUGCAUUUUUUUCAUCUGUUGUAGAUACUUGUAUUUUUAUCUAAUGCCGUUUUAGAAUUUUGUAAGGGCGUUUGAUGAAUUCACACGAAGGGGGUAGUUUGAGUUGCGCAGCCCCCCGCUCUGUACUGUAUCUGCCAUUUUGCCGUAGUUAGACACUGCGGGUUUAACAUGGAACUACUUGGCUUACUUUCAGUUGACCCAUAAGCAAAUCAGAUAACCCACUGAGUAUAAGAAUUACUUUAUAUAUAUAAUUCUUGACUGUAAAACAUUUUGACCAGUGUUUUAAACAUGUAAAUAGGAAUACACAUAAUUCAGCUAAAAAACGUAAGAAUUGGCUUGUAUAGUUGUAACAACUAAAGUAGAAACAUUGCUGCUCUGAGAGAGAAUCUCGGUGUUCUCUGGGUGCAGUGUAAUUGAAUAGAUGACUACAAAGUGCAAAUUGUUUGCAGGUUUUGCUGCACAUUGUACUAUGUCUCUGUUGGCUGGUAUAUUUUAUAAACUGAAGCUGCCUAUGUUUGUUUUUUAGGCUUGCAUUCCCAGAAUCAGCUUAAGCUUUUAAGAAUUCAGCCUGUUUCUACAAACUGAAAAAUCUCAGUUGAAAAAUCAAAUGUUAGGAAAAGCUAAGAUUCAUUAGAUCCCACCCAGUUCUAAGGAACCACAAUAACUCACUCUGGCCCCCAGUGUUGAAACAGUCUUUCACAUGUAGAGUGACUACACAAGAAUUUAGAAUUUCCUCUUUUCCAGGCCCAUUGUAUACUGUGUCUGCAGUUACGCAGAUAGCUUCUCUUUUCUGAGAACUGAAGAGCAUCCCCUGUGCUUCCAGUUCACGAGGGCAGGGAUUUAAGAACAAGAGCGAUAGGCUGGGAAGGCAGUGGGAUCGACAGUCACGCGAAGGCGUUAAGGCCUCACAACUCCACGUCUCAGAACUGACCGAUUUGGGUUGCCAAAACAGCCAGGCUUAUGCUGAAAUAGGGGAAGUCUAAUGUAUGCAAGAAACCCUUUUGAAAUAACUGUGGUGCCCAGGCCGAGCAGAUGGAGCCUGGGACUGAGUGUGGCCUCUGGCUCAGUUUCCUUUCUUUGGUCUGAUACUUCAUGUAUUUGAAUAUAGUUGAAUUUUAUUAUUUUUUUUCUUACAGAAAUAUUUUUAAAAAUUAAAAAAAAACUCGAAGUGAACAGAGUUAACUUGUUAAAUCAGAAUGGUUCUCUUUGACCCACUCUGAUCUAUUGUGUAAAUAUUUAUUUAGACUAUUUUAAUAAUGCAUAUUAUUUACCCCACUGUAACAUCAUGUAAACUAAAUAUGUUUUUAAACAAUUUUUAAGACUUGUAAUUACCCUGAAAAUAAGGUUUAUAAUGGAAAGACCAGACCCUUUGCCACGGCAGCACUCCUGGGGGCUGCCCUUACACAGGCUCGUGACUCAGAGCCACUUUAUUGACUUCCUUUUACAUAAUCCUCUUCUCCUCCAAACUCAUUCUCCACAGAGGGAAGACCUUGACAUUCUCCAGUUCCAGAUCUCUUUUCAGCAUUUUGGAUGACGUUCCAUUAUACACUAUGGGAAAGGUUCUAGGAUGUACAGGAGAAAAGCGCUUGUAUUGGGGUUAGACGUCCCAAACCCAGUUAGCAAUGUUUUGGUCUGCAGAGAAAACAGCCUGCUGAUUUGGAAAGUUAACUUUCUUAAAAAGAGUUUUUAAUGAGUCACUAAUCAUAGCAAGGGAUCCUGAGGAUCUCCUAUCUCCGUGAUCCACAAGUUCUAAGAAAAAGAUAUAAAAGACAGAGUCUGUCCUAUAGGUUGUUUUCAGAAUUCUUACUGCACAGGGUAGGGUGUCUGCUAGAAAUGAAACGUGAGCCAUGUCUGUCAUUUUAAAGUUUCUAGUAACCACAUUUUAAAAAGUAAAAAGAAACAGGUGAAGUUGAUUUUAAUAUAUUAUUAGCACAAUAUAUCAAAAGUGCUUAUCAUUACAAUGUGGGAUCAAUAUAAAAAAUUAUUAAUGAGAGAUUUUACUUUUUUUUCAUAUUAUAUCUUUGAAAUCUAGUGUGUAUUAAACACAUCUCAAUUCGAGACUAGCCAUAUUUCAAGUUCUCAGUAGCCACGCGUGGCUAUUGGCUACCAUACUGGACAGUGAGGCUCUAUACUCAUUCCUUCAAAUGAAAUAGUCUGUUAACCUCAUAGUAUGCCCAAUUCCUGGUUAUUUAGGGGCUGAUUAUCUAGUUUGGUAGUUCCUCAGGCCGCUGAUUUAUUGUUAUCUUUUUGCUUUCUGCCCUGUGGCUGCUUUAUCUUUUGCCUAUCCCCCAAAGCUAGUGGAGGAAAGAAAGCUAAGAUGCUAAGAUGUGUCUUUGGGGAAAAGUUUCCUCUGGAAGGGGAAGAGAGUCUAGUCGUUAAUUUAGAUGUGUUUGUGGGAUCAUCUGCAGAUCCAGUGCCUAGUCUGUUGCAGACUUGGUAAGAAAACUCUCUUGAUGACACAAUGCUCUUAGUCUUGCCAUGUUAAAGCAGAACCUUUAUGGUAGAACUGGCUCUUAAGAGAGGCCCCAAAGGCCAUUACUGAUAGAAACAGCCUUGCCAAAACUUGGGGACACAUUCUGUCUAGCUUUUCAUGCCUGGGUCGGGGGGAGGGGGACCUAAAUGAAUAGCAAACCCUCAUUUCAAAUAAGAGAGAACCUAUUCAUCUGAAAGUUUUUGAACCUCUCUGCCUCUCAGCCAAAGUAAGGAGGGUAGAUCAGGGAGGGGCUGCCUCAGGACAAAUACCAUCUCCUGCAUUAGUGAGACCCUGGGGAUGACCAGCAUGCUAAGGGCAUCAGUGAAGCCACAUUUCCUUCCUGCCCCUGUCUCCCCUGUAUCAGGUCCUCCUGAAGUUGUGCUGCCUCGGGCUGUGGAGGGACCAUCGCCUGUCUAUUGGUCGUUUGAGCCUCUCCUUAAUGUUAGUCCCUGGGCAAUGCUUGCUUAAUGCUUUUGUUGAAUCAACAGAGGGCCUGAGGCCUUAGGUUUGUUGUUGUUGUUGUUGUCUUAAGGUCUCUGCCCCAGGCAUGGUGCUCAAUAUCUUGGCCAAAUAAAUUAACUUUCCUUGAAUAUCCAGGAAUCUUUAGACUAAAGCAAUGAGGAGUUAUCACCUCACCCUCAAACUCCAACAUGAUCUAUGCCUUAGAGUUGUUUUUGUUGUCUGCUUUCAUGUAAGAGUAUUUGGAGCAAGCUGCAGUACUCCAAAUACACAAUAGGCCUUUUCUUUAUCAUUCAUACAACAUUUCUGGUUUAGGUAUAUGUAGAUGGGCCAUGUUAUUUGUCCAGAGGAAGAGAGUGUAAAGAUAUAAGAAUAAUUUUUUAGUCCUAAAUGCUGUUUUGUUUAUUUUUUGUCAAGAUAUUUACCAGUGUCCGAUUCAAAUUAUAGUACUGUGUAAUUAUGUAUAAAGUUUUUUUUUUAUUUAUUUGAAAUUAGACUAGAUAUACAUUUUUAAAUUUAACAUCUGGCAGGACAGUGUUCUAUUAACUCAUUGAAUGUGUUUCCUUUGUCUUGUGUUAAUAAAUAUUGAUGCCUGA